GUUAAGAGGUCAUUAGCACAUGAAAAAGAUGAAAAGAUUAGAUUUGUAAACCAAAAAUUGAAGUAAUAUAAUUAUUAUUGUUAGCAAUUUUGAAAAUUGCUCAACACAAUUACAAGGUAUCUCAAAUAUAUGUAAGUGCCGGUUACCCUUGUGAUGUGGGAAGUGACAAUUAUUCAGUCUUGAGAUUUAGCAUCUUGUUCGCCUAAUCCUAAUAGCAAAAUUUUUUGUGACAUCCAUAUUUAUAUACACUACUACUUACAUAUACAUAUAUAUAUACCAGAACUCUAGCUAGUUUAUCACAGACUCACAGUACUCUUAGCUUCUUCAAUGGCCAGCUCAGUCUCCUCUCUCCCACUAUAUGAACGAAUUUGUCGUAAAAACACGAAACCACGAGCUGUGGAACUCAUUAUCCUCUUCCUUCUCAUCUCCCUCCUUAUCUAUCGUCUUCUUAACCGUGAAAACCAUGGCGUCUCUUGGCUCAUGGCCUUCUUUUGCGAGCUAUUCUUCACUUUCGUGUGGAUUCUUACUGUCACCACUAAAUGGAAUCAAGUGGAUUUCAUAACACACCCUGAAAGACUCUUGCAAUGGGCUUCUGAACUCCCUCCAGUGGACAUGUUUGUUACAACAGCAGACGCUGCAGUAGAACCACCUAUCAUCACAGUGAACACUGUUCUAUCCUUGUUAGCAUUAGAUUACCCAGCUGACAAGUUGGCUUGCUAUGUUUCCGACGACGGCGCUUCCCCUCUCACUUUUUAUGCCCUAAUAGAAGCUUCCAAGUUUGCAAAGCUGUGGGUUCCUUUCUGUAAGAAGUACAAAGUUCAGAUUAGAGCUCCAUUUCGAUACUUUCCUAGAAAGACCGAGUCGUCAUUAGGCGUUGAUACUUCCUUGGAGUUCCAGCAAGAAUGGAAGAAGAUGAAGGGUGCAUAUGAACAGCUUAGUCAAAAAAUUGAAGAUGCUGCUCGAAGGUCCUUUCCGUGUGACCUAACUGGCGAAUUUGCAGUGUUCUCAAAUAUUGAACGCACAAACCAUCAAACAAUAAUUAAGGUAAUCUGGGAGAACGAGGAUGUUGGUCCAAAUGGAUUGCCACAUCUUGUCUAUAUUUCAAGAGAGAAGCGUCCAAAGCAUCCACACCAUUUCAAAGCUGGCGCAAUGAAUGUCUUAACCAGAGUCUCCGGAGUGAUGACGAAUGCUCCUUUCAUUCUAAACGUAGAUUGUGACAUGUACGUCAACAAUUCACAAAUCGCUCUUCAUGCAAUGUGUCUGCUCCUUGGUGUCGAAAACAAAAGGGACUGCGCAUUCGUUCAGUCCCCCCAAUGCUUCUAUGAUGGACCAAAGGAUGAUCCAUUUGGAAAUCAAUUGGUGGUUUUGCAAGAAUACAUUGUGAGUGGAGCAUCCGGGAUUCAAGGACCAUUUUACUGUGGAACUGGAUGUUUUCAUAGAAGAAAAGUUAUUUAUGGCUUAUCACCCGAUGAGAAACAAAUUAACGGUAAAUUGAGCGAUGAGUACUUGGGGAAAAGAUUUGGAAAUUUGAAGAUAUUCAACAAAGCAGCUGCUCAGAUUUUGUUAGGGUGGAAUGGGAAAUCUUAUAGUCAACUGGAUCUUUCAACUUCAAUGGAGGCAGCCUGCAAGGUCGCAAGUUGUGUCUAUGAACAUGGCACCAGUUGGGGUACACAGGUUGGUUGGCUAUAUGGAUCUACAGCAGAAGACAUGCUUACUGGACUUGCCAUUCAUAGGAAGGGUUGGAGAUCCGCCUACUGUAAUCCUGACCCAGAUGCAUUUUUAGGGUGUGUACCUUCGACUGGGCCUACGUCUAUGAUCCAGCAGAAGAGAUGGGCCACUGGGCUUCUAGAAAUCCUAAUCAGCCCAAGAAGCCCAUUGAUUGCUACGCUCACUGGUAAGCUCCAGUUGAAGCAAUGCAUAGCAUACAUGUGUAUUCAAGUUUGGGCCCUGCGUUCAAUUCCAGAGCUGUGUUAUGCUGCUUUGCCCGCGUUUUCUAUCCUCACCAACUCACGCUUCUUGCCCAAGGUUCAAGAAUCGGCCAUAUUGAUACCGGUUUCGAUAUUUGUCAUCUUCAACCUUUACACCCUAUCAGAGUAUCUUCGAAUUGGCCUGUCAAUUCGCGCAUGGUGGAAUAACCAAAGAAUGUGGACAGUGAUCGCGAUGACUGCAUGGUUAUUUGGAAUGUUAAGUGUUAUGCUGAAGCACUUAGGUUUAUCAGAGACGGUGUUUGAGGUUACACAAAAAGAGCAAACAAGUAGUGGAGAUGAUGAUGACAAUGUCGAUGCCAAUGCUGGAAGGUACACAUUCAAUGAGUCUUGGAUUUUCAUCCCGGGCACCACUGUUUUGUUGGUGCACUUGAUGGCAUUAGCCACUGGACUAUUAGGGUUUCGACGAGUUCAUAAUGAUGGGAAUGGGUGUGGGAUAGGGGAGUUCAUAGGUAGCAUGUAUGUGGUGCUCUGUUUCUGGCCAUAUCUUAAGGGGCUGUUUGGGAAAGGAAAAUAUGGGAUUCCCUUAUCCACCAUAUAUAAGUCCGGGGCAUUGGCUUUAUUGUUUGUGCAGUUUUGCAAAUGGACUUCAAUGGGUUAGGACUUUGGGGUAUAUAUAAAACUAUAAAAUUUGUUAUUGUGUUUUGAUAAGAAUUUAGUUUUGAAAUAAUAUGAAAUUUGAUUUUAGAAAAGAAAUGGAAUAACUUUAUUUUUUUGGAGCAAGAAAUUAUAUCCUUGUUAGACUUCUCUAGCUCGUUGAUUGAAUAUUAGAUGUCAUGGAACAAAAUUGGAUCACAUAUUAAAAGUUGUUGAUCGAGUAGUUUAAUUAAGGGAUACGUACAAAAAAAAAAAAAAAAAAAAAAAAAAAAAAAAAAAAAAAAAAACUCUAAAUUAUUGCCCUUUUGCAAAUAACCCCCUGAACUAUUGAUUUGUUGCAAUUAAGGACAAAUUCAUCACAAAAGACUAUUUUACCCUUUCUCAUUAAAAUUUUUAUAUAUUAUUAAAUUAU